AUGUUGAAUUUCCCUAAAGAUACCAAGCAUGAGCAGAAAUGCUAUGUAACACACGGUACCAUGGGUCAUUUGGAUCCCAAACAGCCACCUGUGAAGAGGAAACCCUUUGUGAAUAUCUUGGGUCAUAAAUUUAUCAACAAGGUUGAAAUGAUAUUGCCCAAGGAACUUUAUGAGAUUAUGGAGAACGAGAUGAAUGGGGUUUUGGCGGAGAGUAGAAAUCCGGUUUAUAGAAGGGUUGUGCUUCCGUUGAGUGCGUUGCUGGAGGGAGAGUUUUUUACGGAGUAUGUCAAGAAAGGGAAUGUUUUGAUGCUUUCAAAGGGGAAUAUAGGUGUUGAUAAUGUGUUUACGUUGAGUGAGGGAAUUUUGACCUUACAUUUGGACAAGGAAAGUUAUGAACGAUCAGGAUUAGUAGGCAAGCCGGAAGGGGUCAAGGGAAAACGCGAACAUCGACCUAGAUGGAUUGUGGAGAUAAAUCUACGACUACCAUCAAUGUUACAUGGCAAGAAUGGCUUCAAAAGGAUUGAAUACGCAUUCAAGAAUGUAUUGACUACUCCUGUGACAUGGCUAUUCUGUGACCUGGGAGCUACAGUACUACCAUCCGAUCCAUUAUCUCCACAUCAUCCACAUGAGAUAACGUGUACUCCAAGAGUAUUGAGUGAAAUUCGAGUCAAAAGAUCUGCGUUCAAACCUGCGGCAGAGAACAAUAGCAAUGAUAACGGAGACCUUCAGGCCUUUGCUGUCGAAAUUCACGAGUGGCUUUCAUUGGUUUCUUUAGAAAGUCCCCGAAUCAACUCAACUGACAAUAUCGACCGAUUUUUGUCCCGUUAUGAUCCACCAGAAGGUUCGGAGACAGCGGAGGAGUUGGUGAAAGUCACAUGGAUUGGAUUCAUUUCCCCUUUCUGGGCCCAUAGCACUUUCAUCCAGACUUUACUUGCAUCGCCGAAAAAUUCUUGGUUUUCGUAUUAUGUUGGCGGAUUUACUGAAAGCUGGAAUGGCGAGAGCAAAAGCUGUACGAUACUGAAGUUGCCUGAUGUCCCGAACGAUUAUGUUCUAUGGGAAGUAGAAUAG